CUUGUUUCUCAUUACUCCCUUUCUUGUCUAUUCUUCUUCUUCUCUCUGUUUCUCUUCCUGUGCUCCCAGUUUCUCUCUUCUCUUUUCUCAGCUUCACUACCUUUCUUCUUCUUCUUCUUCUCUUGCUGCUGCUGCUUUGUCUGUUUGAGUUCUUCAGGAGCGGAAGCGGUUUUCUAGCGAGAAUUGCACAGGGAGUUGGAGGAUUACGGGUGUAUCAGAGGGUCUUGUGUACUGUAGCGAACUCUAUUGAUUAGGAGAAAAAACAACUGAAGAAAGAGGAAUUUUGCUGCUGUGUGUUGGUUAUGGGAAGCUUGAAAAUUUUGUGCGACUGUUUUGUUGAGUUAUGGUUGUGAGGAAGAUACAGAGGAAGCUUUGCUAUCAUUUGGAGUUCUGAAAGGGAUCAGCCAAGGAAAAUUUUGGCUGUUCGAGAAGGAGAUCUUGCAUGGUGGGAGGAUUGGUGGUCUCUGCUGCUAUGGCUGUUCAGGAUCAGUAUGGAGGCACUCCUCCAAGUACUGCGCAUCCAGCAGGCAAUGGAAUUUCAGUGAAUGCUGGCUUGCAUGCUAUAAUGGGUUCCCAAGUUAGGGAGCAGUUUACUAGUGGGAAUGACUAUGCUCCGAAGGUGAGGAAACCCUACACAAUCACGAAACAAAGAGAAAGAUGGACAGAAGACGAGCAUAAGAAAUUUCUUGAAGCCUUAAAACUUUAUGGUCGAGCUUGGAGACGGAUUGAAGAGCAUGUAGGCACCAAGACUGCAGUUCAGAUUAGAAGCCAUGCUCAGAAGUUCUUCUCUAAGGUUGUGAGAGAGGCAAGUGGCAACACCACAAGUUCAGUAGAACCUAUUGAAAUCCCCCCUCCUCGACCAAAGCGAAAACCUAUGCAUCCUUACCCCCGAAAACUGGUGCAUCCACUUAAUAAGGAACCCUCAAUUCCAGAGCAGCCACUACGUUCUUCAUCUCCAAACUUCUCAAUAUCUGAACAAGAAAAUCAAUCUCCAACAUCAGUAUUAUCUGCUUUUGGUUCUGAUGCUCUUGGUUCAAUUGAUUCAAAUUCGCCAAACAGGAGCUUAUCCCCAGUUUCAUGUGCUGGUGGUUCUCAUCCUGCCGACUUCACUAUUUGCGAACCCAACUUGGGAACUGAAGAUCACGGAUCACCAGUCACAAUAACUGCUGCUGCUCUUAAUGAGCAAUUUCCCCAGGCCCAGAAACUUGACUUAUUUCCCAGAGAAGAAGACGUCUUUUACGAAGAGGGUUUAGUGGAGGAAACAUCCACUCGGAGCCUCAAGCUCUUCGGAAGGACUGUACUAGUCACUGAAUGCCAGAGUUACAGACCAUCUUCUCCAACUAUGGAGAAUUCUAAAGUACUGCCAUUAUUAGACACGAAUGAAGGAAAACCUAUAUUGCCAUGGAACUUUAUGGCCACAGAAUUGCCACAUGAGAAUAGGGAAUGCACUUUGAGUCCUUUGUCACAUGGGCCUGCUGGAACACUUUAUUGCCUGCAAUUCCAAAAGGACAACUCCAAUUCACUAGAAGCUACCCCUUCCUUGCCAUUGUUGGCUUUUUGUGGAGGUAUGCCUUUUCCUUUGGUACCCUUUCACAAGCAGGAUCCUGUGAAAGUACAUUUGGACUCUAAUGGUGAAGAAAGACGAGGAAAAUAUAUUUACAAGGAAGGAUCUGGUUCUAACUCUGGAUCAGUCAAUGAUGGGGGAAGUUUAGAUAAAAACAUAGAUGGUGAGACUCAAAGUCGACAACAUUGUUAUGGGGAAAAAGAACUAUACCCGAUCCCAGAGCUGAAACUAAGUGAUAAAUCAGCUUCUACAAAUAGGUGUAUGAAAGGAUUUGUGCCAUAUAGAAAACGAACGGCAGAGAGAGGCAGUCAAUCUUCAACAAUAACAGUUGAGGAGAGGGAAGAGCAAAGAAUUCGCCUUUGCUUAUAGCAGCUCGGAUAACCCCAGACUUCCCUAAAUAAGAACAGAAGUGUGUCUAGCUAAUUGGAACUCUGCGAACAUUGUUAGUUGAUGGACUUUGGCCAUUUCAACUCAAUAUGAGAGAAGGAAAAAUGGAGCUUAAAAGUAGCUGCCUUCUACAACUCUGCUAAUUCUUGAUCUAGAUAUUUAGCAUUUUACUACUUAUAUUUCCCUUGUUUUUUCUUUUUUUCCUUUAUUGGAAUUCUUUUGCUUCUUUGAACUGUGCAUCCCUAGGAGUUUUGUUCUGUCCUUUGUACAAUAUCUAAUCGUGGUUGUUGUAAUUUUAUGUGCUAUUAGCAAGGCAAAUAAGGCUGCCCUGAAAUCUCUUAUGUUGCAA